AUGGCUUCAGAGCCCGGACCCCUCAUGGAGUUUCUAGGCCAGGUCGCUUACCAUUAUGAAAGUAUGCGACCACUUCUGCCGACAUACAUGCAUCUUCUCGUGUCGGCCAUUUUCCCCAUCUACACGGCCGCUCACGCUUCGUUGUCUAGACCACCGUCGGCGGCAUCCAAGAAAUCGAAGAAACCCGCCAAAGACGAAGCUGAAGAAAGCGAUGACGAGGAUGCCCACACGAGAAUCGAAAGCCUGACCCCUUCUGACGCGAUACUAUUUCCCAUCUUGGCCGGUAUCACACUGGCAUCGCUCUACUUUAUUCUCAAGUGGCUCCGAGAUCCCGCUUGGCUCAACUGGGCCUUGGGCAUUUACUUCUCACAGAUCGGCUUGUUCUUUGCGAUGAAGUUCUUGAAAGAUGGCUUCUCUGUGAUGCGGUCUUUCGUGCUUCCAAACGAGUAUUCUCGUUCAGGAAUGCUGUGGAAGGUGGACCAGCAGCAACAGUGUUUUAAGACAGAGAACGGGUUGCGCAACGGCUCACCGUUUCCGGGGAUGGUCGGGCAAAUUCCUCUUCCCUCGUCACUUGCACCACUUGUGUGGGAUCUACGUGCGAUACUGUACACCAAGGCCCGCCUUGAAUUCCACGUCCACGAAUUGAUUACCGUCAAGACGUUGGUCGAGAUUCUUGACCUCAUCAGUCUCGUGCUCUCCGGUGUCAUCGUGUACAUCCACACGUUCGUCUCGAAGCCAUGGUUCCUUACCAACAUCCUUGGUUUCUCUUUCUGCUACGGCUCUUUGCAGUACAUGACACCCACAACCGCCUGGACUGGCACCCUUGUGCUGAGCGCCCUCUUCUUCUACGACAUCUAUUUUGUCUUCUUCACCCCGAUGAUGGUCACUGUGGCGACAAAAUUGGACGUACCGAUCAAGUUGCUCUUUCCUCGUCCCGAUGGUUGCGUGUUCCCUGUAGGUGCGCCCGAGGGGUCGCCGGCCAUGGAAGAGUACUUACAGUGUCUGGCGAAGAAAAGAACAAUGGCGAUGCUAGGGUUGGGGGAUAUUGUUGUGCCAGGGAUGAUGUUGGCCUUUGCUUUGAGGUUUGACUUGUACUUGUUUUAUCUUCGACAAGUCAAGAAAGGACAGCAAACGGAUGGAGAUACAUCGAAGCCGACAUACACUAGCGCGACAGGAUGCUGGGGAGAACGGUUUUGGACCGCUUCGAAGCUGUGGUCCAAGGAGAUGAAGGCCAAGCGGUUUCCCAAAACCUAUCUUCGCGCCACUACAUUAGGAUACCUUGCUGGAAUGAUCGUGACAGUGGUUGUGAUGCAGGUUGCACAACAUGCGCAGCCCGCAUUGCUCUACCUUGUUCCUGGGGUCCUGCUGUCGUUCUGGGGCACUGCCCUGGUCAAGGGGGAUUUGAAGGAGCUUUGGCGUUACAAUGAGAGCCCGGAAAUUGAUGACAAGAAAGCUAAGGAGGCAAAAGAGGACAAGGGGUUAUUGGCGUCCACCCGCAAGGAUACUAUUGAUGACAAUGCUGCCACUAACGGUGCAAUAACCAGCGAGGAUGAGGGCGCAGACCCUGCCAAAACGCAGGAGACUAAAUCUGCGAACGAAACCCAGGCGGCUGCUAAGAAAGAUUCCGAAAAGGCCUGCCGACGUCUGAUCCAUUUUUCAAUCACAUUACCUGAUCCGAUUCACGAGGCAGCAUCGACCUCGCUCAAGUCGGUAACCGGUGAUGACAGGUCGGAAAGAGCCGUGGCGGCCCAAGACACCGCGGAGAAUCAAGACUCGGGCAGAAGUUCGGAGCGAAAAGAUGAUGGUGAACCACCCGGCAAGCGUGCCAGGAAAUCAUGA